CCAUCUUCUCCUUCACUCCUCCUCUCUGUCGGACUGCAUGCUGCGUUCGCGGUAUUUAUCGGUUCUUAUCGGGUCUGCCUUCUUUUUUCCUGUGAUUGACCCCCCCUCACCCUCCCUCCCCUCCUCUCGGCUCGCUGAGCCUGAGGGGGGAGGUGUUAAUGUGUCGCGUGGGAGAGCCGUUCCCCUCGCGGCCGGUGGCCACCGUGACCUUCUGUCGGAGCUCGCGCCGCCCGCUUGACCAGACAGGCGACCCCACGACGCUGACCUGCUGAGAAGACGUGUGUGUGUGGUCAUGUCGAGCAUGACGAGCGGCGUGUGUGUGGACAGCGACCUCUCCUCCAUGCUACAGAGAAGCUCCGCCCCCUCUCACCACCAUCCAAAUCACCAUGGUUACGGAGGACAGGGACAGGUGUCGGGACUGGCUCCGAUGCUGGACUACACCACUGAGAUGGACCGGUACCGCUCGUCCAUCGCCAGCUUCUACAAGACCAACGUCAACAUGAACGUCACAAACUUCCCACAGUCCGCCAAGCUGGCAGCCCGCUUGGCGGCCGCCGCCCCCAUCUUCCCCCCAGCUGCUGCCAGGCUGGGCGCCAUGGCAACCGCGCCCUGGGGUUGUCACGACAACAUGAACAUGAACCACCCGGCGGCCAUGUUCUGGGGCCGACCCAAACCCGUAGCAACUGCACCGACGCACCAUCACCACCACCACCCCUCGGCAGCUCCGGGUCACAUGACCUCUUCGCACCCCCACACCGGCGUGCACCAGAGUGGUGGGGGUUCAGGGGGAGGAGGGGGAGGAGGGGGCAGUGAGGGGGGAGGAGCUGAAAAACACGGACACACUGCAUCACUUCCUGUUGCGCAUGGUAGUGGACAUCAUCAUCCCAUGGCGCCUAGCAACGGAAACUUCUUGCCUGGUUACGGCGGGGGGGCAGACUGUGGCGUCAUUAACAAGCAGGGACACGCCCACUCAGACAUGAUGGGACUAUCGGAGGGAGGUAGCUGCAACGGGGGAGGGGUCAUGGGUGGUGGCUUCCUGGGGGGGCUUGGAAUACCUCCUGGGGUCAUCGUCAUGGCGAUGGGGUCUGCUGGGGGAGGCAUCUCCGAUGCUAGCAGCGCCUUUCAGAUGACGGGUGGCCAGCGGGCGCUAACGGACUGCCAGCAGCACCCGAACUCCUCCCCUUGCCCCUCCUCCUCCUCACCUUCGUCAUCUGGGGUAACAACAGGCGGCGUCUCCUUGUCGUCCUCAUCGUCCUCGUCGUCAGGGACAGUGGCGAAGAGGAAGAGGAAGCGGUGUGGUGUGUGCGGGCCGUGCAGGCGGCUGAUCAACUGUGGCGUGUGCUCGUCCUGCCGCAACCGCAAGACGGGUCAUCAGAUCUGCAAGUUCAGGAAGUGUGAGGAGCUGAAGAAGAAGCCAGGGGGUGCUGGGGGGGUGCUGGAGAGGCCGCCCUCCGCCCCGACCGGUGAGGCGUUUCGCUGGUUCUUCUAACCCCGCCCCCAACAGGCCCAGUCAAGCUCCCACCGGUGUGAACAGAACCUGGAUCGGAUCAGAACCAGAGGCCUUGCCGGGUUAGGGGUCACAGGAAACCCGACGGGCCAAUCAGAGCUCAGAGGAUGUUCAGACACCUGCUCUGGGCGUCCUCCGUGACCCGACCCGGGUUCUUGCUUCUGUCCACCAAAUGAAACCCGAACAGGCCCGCCCUGCCCCCCGGUAGAGCUCAACCUCAGAGAGGAACUUCAAACAGACCUCAGCAGGAAGUGAUCCAAGACUGUUAUUAUGGACUACAAGUUCCCCACCGGAGGACUACAACUACCACAUCACUGUUAUCCAUCUCUUCUGUCUACCUCCUCCUCAAGAACUUUAAGGCACCUUGUUGGACCUGUACUGGGUGGUGGUUCUGCUGGUGAGCUUCUCCUGAACUCUCUGGAAGGUCCAGAGGUCAGCAGGUCCAUCUGGUCUCCUGACCCUGAUGACCCGGACAGUUUGUGUUAUUAGCCUGGAGAUGGCAGGAACGUUCUCAGGGUACAUCACUCUUCAAGGUGGUCUUCUGGAGCUUCGGUCUGCUCUGGUGAGUUUGGACGUCCAGUUCUCCGCUCCCAGACCCGAACCGGGACCUGGUAGAGAGUUCAGAACCAGAACCCAUCCCACGGAGACCAGCAGGAGCCUCCGGCUGCAGUUUGGACCUUUGGGUUCCGUGAGCAGAACUCUGGAUCCAAACGGAAGGAGAUCCGAACAAUCCACCCUACAGAGCUGUAAUUCCCAACACGUGUGUGGGUCAACAUUCUCAGUGAUUCCUUGUAGCACAUUACUGCAUUAAAUCAUCUCCGAACACCGC